AUGUCGUUGAGAGGGGUGGUGGCGGAGCUGCUCUCCUGUGCCAACCCAGCGAAGCCCAUCGUCUCUCUCGGCGUUGGCGACCUCUCCAGCCACGCCUGCUUCCGGAAGGCCCGAGACUUCUCCAAAUACGUCGCAGAGGCCGUCUCGUCCGGCGACUUCGACGGCUACCCUCCUUCCUGCGGCUACCCGUUCGCUCGCCGGUAAACUCCUCAUCAUCCCGGUCAAGAAGAAAACCGAGCUUCAUUUUUCAUCAGUUUUCUGCGAUUCCUCGGCAUUACGCUCGAGCUGACUGCGACUGCAAGCCGAGGUCAGCCGACGGCCGGGGCCGGCGGGCGGCACUGCGGCGGGACCUGCGCUCGCCGCCGCCCGCCCACCGCAACCCCCGGCUAACCCAGUCGGAUCGAUUUUCCGACGAUUAACAGCGUGUCGUUGGGCCUGGCCGGUCUUUCAACAGCUUUAUUCCACUAAAUUUAGAACAAGACGGGCUUUCAAACCAGCUGCUCUCCCCUGACGAAGGAGACAAGAAAUAAUUGAAGAUAGUAAUUCCGAUGAAUGGGCUCCUUGUCCGAGUGGCCCUGGCGUCGUACCACGCUCCUGCCCCCAAACCCGUUGACGUGGAGACUUGACACCCACCGAUUUCCCGUAGGAUUUAAGUCGGGAUGCGUUUUAUGCGGUGAAGAGGUCGACACAUGGAACCCACCGAAGAAUCUCGAACGGCGAUCUCCCGCCGCACGUGAAAAUUUGAUUCUGCAUCGUCAAUUUUUGUUUUUGUUGGUGAUGUGAUCGUUGGGGUGAUUUUUAUUCGAGCUCCGAGCUAAAAAUGGAGUCGGAGAUUUGGCUGUUCUGAGAGGGUCUGUCUCUCUGGAUGUGAUCUUCCGGCAGGGCCGUGGCGGACUACCUGUCGAGGGGAACGGCGGCUGCCGGGGGCGGAGCGGCGGCGACGGUGGCGGAGCACGACGUCUUCCUUACCUGCGGGGGGACGCAGGCACUGCAGCUGUGCCUGGCGACGCUGGCCACCCGCGGCUGCAACGUACUGCUGCCGCGGCCUGGCUUCCCGCCCUACGAGGCAACCUGCGCCAUGCACGGCAUCGAGCCCCGCUACUACGACCUGCUGCCGGGCAGCGCCUGGGAAGUGGACCUCGGCGGCGUCAGGGCGCUCGCCGACGAUCGCACCGCCGCCCUCGUCGUCAUCAACCCCAACAAUCCCAGCGGCGCCGUCUUCUCCCGGCGCCACCUCCUCCAGGUACAGCCCACAACCUACCACCCCUCGCCGCCGCCCCCUUCUAAACCCUAAACCUUUGAAACGAGCUUCUCUGUGUCUGUAGAUCGCGGAGGCUGCGAGGGCCCUGAACCUGCCCGUCAUCGCGGACGAGCUCUACGGGCACAUGGUCUUCCAGGAGGCCGAGUUCGUUCCCAUGGCGGUUUUCUCGGCGGUGGCCCCCAUCCUCACCAUCGGAGCUCUCUCCAAGCGGUGGCUCGUCCCCGGCUGGCGGCUCGGAUGGAUUGCCGUCAACGAUCCCUCCGGCGCUCUCCGCCAGGUGCGCCCUCCUCCAUGCAUGUGAUGCAGACGUUCAUCCGCCAGGUGCGCCCUGAACCUGCCCAAUUCAAUCGCGAUCGAUUGAUCGUUCGCUUGCUUGAUUUUUAUAGGUUAAGAUGGGUAUCGAGAGGCUCAUGAACAUCUCCCUCGGACCAACGUCUAUCAUUCAAGUACCCUCUCUCUCUCUCUCUCUCUCUCUUCUCUCUUCUCCCUUCUCUCUUCUCUCUCUCUCUUAUUUCUCUCUGAUGGCGUGAAAUAUCAGGCGGCGAUUCCCCCUCUGCUGUCGCCCUCAUGUGAGGAGUUCCACCGGCAAGUUUUGGGGGAGCUGGAGUCGUCGUGCAACGUCCUCUACAAGAUGAUGAUGGAGGUGGAGGCGUUCAAGUGCUACUCCAAGCCGCAGGGAGCCAUGUUCACCAUGGUAAAACCUUAUUAUUUGGAUGGCUAACCUUAUUAUAUUAGAUUGUACGAUGUAACUAGAUGCUCGUCUGGUUCUGCAGGUUGAGGUCAACGCGAGGCUCCUCCCUGGCAUAGGAGACGACAUGGACUUCGCUAGGGAACUGAUGAGGGAAGAAUCGAUACUGGUUCUGCCAGGUAAUGACAAGCUACAAUUUGUUAUGCGUUGACUACAAUACCAGCAUUAAUUUACCGCACAUCCAGAAAGAAUGCAAUCUUUUAUAAUGCCGGCAUUGAUUUUCCGAGCAAGUAUAUCCGCAAACCGCUGCCUUGUUGACGACCCAUUAACGACCUGCAUCAACAUCUUCUAGGAUCCGUGGUCGGCCUGAAGAACUGGAUCAGGAUAUUCUUCGGGGUUUCAACAACUACACUGGAAGACGCGUGCGACCGCAUCAGAGGAUUCUGCGAGCGACGACGAGGGCGACCAGAUCACACAGCAAUACUCCCCACAUUCUCAUCGAGCAGAGAAAGCUGGGUCUGA